GUUGAUUCUAACUAUGCAAAUGAUAGAGAUAACAGGAAGUCGACCACUUCUUAUGUUUUUACUUUGUGUGGCUCUUGCAUUAGUUGGAAGUCCCAACUACAGCCUAUUGUGGCCCUUUCUACCACUGAGUCCGAGUAUGUUGCAGCCACAGAAGCGUUUAAGGAAGCCAUCUGGCUCAAACGCCUUGUCUCCGAAAUUGGGUUUCUCAAAAAGGGAGUUACCAUUUUCUCGGAUAGCCAAUCGGCUAUCCAACUUUGCAAAAAUCCUGUAUUUCAUGAUAGAACUAAGCAUAUUGAUGUUAGGUUCCAUUUCAUACGUGAUAUUGUUGAUGCAGGUGGAGUCAAGCUGUGCAAGAUCCCGUCCGAGUUUAACCCCGCGGAUAUGGGUACCAAGUGUCUUUCUGCUGAGAAACACUUGUCCUGUAAACGCGUGUUAAACUUUGACUGUGGAUAACUGUGGGUUGCCUAAUAAAGUGUUUGCCCGUUGUGUCUGUUGAUAUUCCGGGUGACCCGGCGAUGAUGAGUCUUGUCACAACCUUGUAUUGAUACUCUACACCACCUAGGACCAAUAAGGUGGAGAAUGUUGGAGGUAUUGGUCCUACCAAGGCCUCCCUUCCACUUUAUUUGUUGAGGCUUGCACCCUAUUGUUUUACUCCCACUUUGGUACCUUUACCUUGGUAUUUUAUCUGAUCAAUAACAUACCUAUUUGAGGGUUGACUUACCCACUUGGCUGGCCCCUCUGUGUUCUGUCCGCUGCAUACUUCACUUGUCUUGGCCUAUGCUUGUGACUUUCCUUUGUCUAAGAUGCAUGUGAGUGUCUUUUGUAUUGACCUCACCCGUGACUUCCUUGGCAGCCUAUUAAUAGUCUUUGCUUCUUCCUUGUGAGCCUCAGCCUGCGCAGAAAGCAUUCCAGAGAGAGCAGUGCUCCCUUCUUCUUCCUUUCCUUUGUGUGAGAGUGUAGAGAGGUCCUUUGUGGAGAGUAGAGAGUUGUGUGCUAUAGCCUCCUCUUAGUGUGGUGUGUGAGAGUGUGUGUUGAAAGACCUGAGCCGGAGACGGAUAUACGAUCCUUACAGUAGAGAUUGGGAUAUAUUUUACAAAGAUCACGUUGACCAAUAUUUGUGCUUAUGUGCUGGACAAUUAAAUCAAUAGCAACGUGAUAGUCUCCACCCCGGACAAUUAAAACAAU